AAAACAGGAGGAAAUUUUGGUCAAAGGUGGCUAGGAGUGGCAGCUUCUUAGAACAAUCCAUCAAUUUCCCAACGAACAAAACUUCACAUCUCUCUCUCUCACAAAAUCUCAUGUAUCGUAAUUCGUAAAGCCAUAUAGAUCUGCUGUCCACUACAACCAAGUUAUCCCUUAAAUACAUAUAUUUUUGUUUUUUGUUUUUUUUUUGUCAAUGGCAGCCUCUAUGAAGCACGAACAGCAGCACGGAGAGAGUUGACUUUCCCUAGAUUGAAUUUGAACCCAAAAGAUGGCUCACUGAUUCGAAUUCACAAACCCCACCAAAUACCCCAAAACUCCUAUUUCUUUCAUCUCUCUUCUGAGAGCUGCAGCUUUUGGAGGAGGAUUUGAGAGCGAUGGCGAUGGUUUAGGCGAGAUUGGUGAGAAAUUUCUUGUUGGGUAUUCAAGAGUUGUAGCAAUUGGAAGAUUUUGAAGGGUCUGGAGAAAUGGGGUUGGGUAAUGGGUGCCAAGAUGGAGUCAAUACAAGGCCUCUGUUCUUGGUGAUCUACGCGACUGUCAUUGCCGGGAUAGUGUUCUCAUCGCUGUAUGUAUUUUCGGCGGUUUACUCGUCUUCAAAUUCUGUUUCUGAUUCCAGCUCCUGGUUUUCGUCUACUUCCUCUGAAUUUACCAAUUUCGAUUCAACUCUUAUCAAGGAUCAAAGAUCAGAUGUGUCACAACCAAGUACAGGUCCCACUCCAGAUUUCUCCAACACAGUUGUUCAAAACAAGGGGGAAAGGCCAAUUUGGGAAGCUCCUAACACAAAAAAUAUGCCACCGCCAGAGGCUUUUAAUCUAAGCAAGGAGCUAGUUCAGAAAAGGGCAAAAGAUAACAUAAUAAUAGUAACAUUUGGUAACUAUGCAUUUAUGGACUUCAUCCUCAGUUGGGUUAAGCAUUUGACAGAUCUUGGUCUUACUAAUCUUCUUGUUGGUGCAAUGGACACCAAACUGUUGGAAGCCUUGUAUUGGAAAGGUAUUCCAGUUUUUGACAUGGGAAGCCAUAUGAGCACGGUAGAUGUUGGCUGGGGAUCACCUACAUUUCAUAAGAUGGGAAGAGAAAAAGUGAUUCUCAUCGAUUCAAUUCUCCCAUAUGGUGUAGAGUUGUUAAUGUGUGAUACAGACAUGGUGUGGUUAAAGAAUCCACUCCCAUAUCUUGCUCGUUAUCCUGCAGCAGAUGUCUUAACUUCAAGUGAUCAGGUUGUACCAACAGUGGUCGAUGACAGGUUGGAUAAAUGGAACGAAGUUACUGGUGCCUUGAAUAUUGGAAUUUUCCACUGGCGGCCCACAGAAGCAUCAAAAAAAUUGGCAAAGGAGUGGAAGGAAAUGCUCCUAGCUGAUGACAAAAUUUGGGAUCAAAAUGGCUUCAACGAACUUGUGCAUAAGAAGUAUGGACCAUCUGUUGAUGAAGAUAGUGAACUCGUAUAUGCUUAUGAUGGCAAUCUCAAGCUAGGAGUUCUGCCAGCAAGUAUUUUCUGUAGUGGACACACCUACUUUGUCCAGGCGAUGUAUCAACAAUUUAGAUUGGAGCCAUAUGCAGUUCAUACUACAUUUCAGUAUGCGGGUACUGAAGGAAAGCGCCAUAGACUGCGUGAGGCCAUGGUUUUCUUUGAUCCUCCAGAGUACUUUGAUGCACCAGGAGGUUACCUUUCAUUUAAGCCAUCAAUUCCUAAGAACUUAGUACUAGAAGGAGAGCAUAACCUUGAUACACACUUUACUCUUAUUAACUACCAGAUGAAACAAAUAAGGACUGCGCUCGCUAUUGCUUCAUUAUUGAAUCGUACACUAAUCAUGCCUCCACUGUGGUGCCGGUUAGAUAGGCUAUGGUUUGGACAUCCUGGAGUUCUACAAGGUUCUGUGACUCGACAACCUUUUAUUUGCCCGUUGGACCAUGUUUUCGAGGUCAAUGUGAUGUUAAAAGAACUGCCAGAGGAAGAGUUUGGCCCAGGAAUCGACUUUAGAGAGUAUUCUUUCUUGGAAAAUCCGUUGCUCCCGAAACAAGUGAAAGAAUCAUGGCUUGAUGUUCAGCUUUGUAAACAAGAAAGUGAAGGUUGUAGUGCAUCAAAUGAUACAGUUUUACCAGGUGUCCUCAAAUUUCCUAAGGGCAGCAAUGAAGACACGUUCAAAGCAAUAUUUUCCACAUUCAAGGAUGUCAAGGUUAUCCAGUUCUCUACAAUGCAAGAUGCCUUCCCUGGUUUCUCUGAUAAGAAAAGGGAAGAGAAGUUCAGGAACCGAGUCAAGCGUUACGUCGGCAUAUGGUGUUGUGUGGAGAAUGCAGCUCCUGGCCACAUAUAUUACGACAUGUACUGGGAUGAGAAACCCAAUUGGAAACCACACCCGCCUCGAACACCCGAGGAAGAUCGACCUCCUUUGUAAGGUUUAAUGGUACGAGCAUUUAUUCAAAUCUAGACGAAAUGAAUGACAAUUUCUCAAGGUUGUUUUAUUUUAUUACUCAUUGAGGAAUUCAAACCGUAGGCUUAGUUGGGAUUAAUGGAGGUCGAAAUCGAGUACUGGUAUUAUUGGAGGUCGAAGUCGAGGCUACCUUUUUAAUUUAUGUUCCCCCAUGGAUCACAGAUUCACAAUAGAGUCUAAGAAUACAGAUAGAUUCAAUUUAGUUCCCACUCUUUCUGAGUCAUGUAAGAUGGAAAAAGCUGUAUCUGUAAGCUUACAAGGACGGAUGAUAUAUGUAUGCUCUCCCAGUGAGGGGAAGUUUUGACUUUGUACACUCAAAUAAAGAGAGGAAGUAAAAUGCACAAUGUUUCACAAUGGAUCAAUGUUUUAUUUUA